AUGGGAACGGCCCGCCCCGGUACGUGCCCGGAUGUGCGUCAGCGCGCUUCCCUCUGCGAGCCGGAAGUGAGCCGUGCAUGCGGCGGGCGGCGCGGAUCGCGCUGGCGCUGGCCGGGGACGGAGCGGCGGGGCCGGAGCCGGCCCUGGGCCUGGGCUGCGCCCGCAGCGCUCGCCUGCUCCUGCCGGCCGGCGGAGCGGCACAGCCCCAGCAGGGAGGUACGGCCCGGGGGGGGCGGUGGCGCGGCGGGGACCGGGAGGGCCGGGCCGGGCACCGCUGACCCCCCCCCUUGGUGUCGCGCAGGCUGGAGGGAGGCGGUGUCGGCCGCCGCCGGUGCGCUGCGGGCGGGCGGGCUGGUGGCGGUGCCGACGGACACGGUGUACGGCGUGGCGUGCCUGGCGCAGGACUCCGGCGCCGUGCGGAGCAUCUACAGCCUGAAGGGGCGGAACGGGAGGAAGCCGCUCGCCAUCUGCCUCGGGGACGUGGAGCGCCUCUACAGGUACUGCCGUGUCAACGUGCCGGACGAGCUGCUGCGGGACCUGCUGCCUGGACCUGUGACCCUGGUCUUACAGCGUUCGGAAGAGCUAAAUAAAGACUUGAAUCCCUUCACAUCGCUGGUUGGUGUUCGUAUUCCAAACCACCCCUUUAUCAGGGAGUUGGCACGAGCUUGCUCUGGACCACUGGCUCUAACAAGUGCUAACAUCAGCUCUCAGGCCAGCACGCUGACGGUGUCGGAAUUCCAAGACCUGUGGCCUCAGUUGUCCUUAAUCAUCGAUGGAGGCCCAAUUGGGGACGUUCAGAGCCCGGAGUGUCGCUUGGGGUCAACUGUGGUUGAUUUGUCUGUGUCAGGGAAGUUCAGCAUCAUUCGGCCUGGCUGUGCGCUGACACCUACGGUUGAGAUCCUGAUGCAGAAGUAUGGCUUGGUACCAGAAUCAUCUUAAGACUUCAGACUCGGAGGAGCUGGUGAGGCUGGGCACUGUGUGCCUGUGCAUUCAGGAAGUGGGCAAUCAUGGCCUUGUUUAAUAAGGUCGAUGGGUUCUGUCAGGGUUAAUAAAGUAAAGAUAGAAAACUGGA